CCCGCCUCACCGCCGUUAGGGAAGUAGCUGCGGCUACGUCGGGCGCGAGUGUAAGCCCAGCUGCCGCUUAGCCCCCGGCCCCUCCCGGUCACCGCCGUCAGUCGGAGGGUCCGCGGGGUCUACGGUCACCCUGCGCUCCAGGCACCGCACCGGGCAAGCGGCGACACCGCGUCCAUGGCCACCGCGGCGGCUCCGUCAUCCUUGGCUCUCAAGGCCUCGAGCCUGGCCGCGGCCCCCGGCUCGUACGGGGUCUUUUGCAAGGGGCUCUCCCGCACCCUCCUCGCCUUCUUCGAGCUGGCCUGGCAGCUGCGCAUGAACUUCCCGUACUUCUACAUCGCGGGCUCCGUGGUCCUCAACAUCCGCUUGCAGGUACACUUCUAGAUCCCUGAGGAAGCCGCCGGUAUCCCGGGCCUGCAUUAUGGCCGACCCCCAGGCGGCCCCGCGGCGCCGUGGAGCUGGGGGCGAGGAGUCCCGCUGUCUCGCGAGAGUGCCUGGGCUCCCUCCGCGGCUGUGCUCUCCGCUCUCAGCCGAGCUCCUGUACUGUCACUGAGACCUUGCCGAGAUUAGGAAGAGGAAAUACGCGAUUCCGGGAGCCGAGAAAGAACUUAAGACCCACGACAAUAUUUAAGAAGCUGUGCAUCCUUAAAACAAAAAUGGGACGAACAGGAUGUAUUACAAAAAGGGAAAGGUACUAAAAUUUUCAGGACAAAAAUGUACAACACGCUUAUGGUCCAUAUUAAUUUAAUAAAUAAGUAAAUUUCGGGAGUAUGAGACUGGAAUAUAAGUAGGACGCUGAAUGAGUAAGAAGCUGGAGAUCUUAAGGAUAUGCUGUGGAGAGCAUAUAUUUCUUCAUCCCACAAGAAAAAACAAUGACGAUCAGAAGCUUUCAGUGAAAAAAACUGUACAGGAAACACAUCCUUCAAAUACCAAACAAUGUAAAAUGCUGCAGGAUUCUGAACAGAGGGAGUGUAAGAAAGUGGACUCUAUUUCAGUGUCCCUGUGAGUAACAUGCAGUUCAAAAUCUUGGAGCCAAAGAGAAGGAAAUCCAGUCAUAGCACAAAGCUUGGCGACUUACUGAAUAACAUUUAAAUAAUCAUAAUAAUGUAAACGCUGUUUAUGGUUUUCAUCUUUUUAAGAGAAUACUUACAUUUACAAAGUUUGAAUGCACAUGUUAUCAGCCUUGAUGGCGUAAAAGUGAGGGUACCUGGAAUGGUAAUGAUGUCUUUUUAAAGUGGGAAGCUGAGAGGAAAAUUCUGUUGUCGAUGGGGGAAGAGGGCAUUUUAUUAUUUAAAGAGUAGCCAUAAAGUUGCUUAAAUGUAACUAUAUGAAAGAGAAGAGGAGGGGAGAACAGCAUGAGGUCAACAAGAAAUGCCUAGAGGUUAGAGUUAGGGUGGAAUGUCUCAGAUUUCCUGAUCUAUUUGGAGUCAAGAGAUUUUUAGAUUUCAGAGAGUCUGGAGACAAAUUAGUGGUCUGCAAAAUUUUUUCUAAUUAAGGAAGCAAAGCUGAGGCAGUUAUGAACCCUGGGAAAAAUUUAAAAAUUUUUCAAGAACUACACUGCAUAACUCCACUGUGAAGAAUAUUACUACUCAUCAAGCCAGUUAUAAUUAUAUAAACACUGAAUACAGGUAACAAAUUAUUAGGUAACAUUGGAAGGACUGGAGAAGAGAGAGAUGUAUAUGUAAUGGAGGAGAAUCAAUCAAGAUCUGAUAUAGAAAAGUUGAUUUAAAGCAGUAUAACUUGUCACUUAGAGUACAAUAAGAAAUAGCUAAGAGUUAAAAUUGGUAGUCUCUGGAGAAAAAAUCAGGGAUAGACAGAAAGGUGGAGGACUGCUGUUUUUCACUAACAGUCUAACAGUAACGGUGAUUUUUCUUACCCAUAUGUGUGUGUGUGUGAAGAUAUAUAUAUAUAGAUAUAUCGGGCAGACCUCUGUUAAAAUACAAACUAACUUUGUGGUCCAGGUGAGCCCAUUAAUCUGCCUAAACCCCAGCUUUCUCAAUUCUAUUAAAUGAGAGUAAAAAUAUCCACCUUGAAAGAUCAGUCAAGAAUUAAAAAUAAGCCCGACUUAGUGCUUGAUACAUACCGUACACAGUAAAGAGUAUUUGUUAUAACAGAAUAUUUCAUUAACUUGUGAAUAAAACUUAAAACUCUCAUAUGGAGUGCCUGCUUUUCCAUUGGAGGGUUUUAGUACUGAAGGAGAUUUGUAGAUUACUGACAAUGGGGGUGUAGGGAAGACCCUCCAGGAAGAGACAUUUGAGCUGAAAGGGGCAAUUAUUUGCCAAAGUAAAGAUUUAAACUAUUUGUAGUGUUCUGUAUUCCACUAAUUGUAUCCAACAAACAACUGUACUCUAGGAAUAUAAAAUAAGUGCCCCCUGUAGCACAAUGUCUUGCUUCGAGUAACUUCUUCCUACCCUUCAUUCCUUGUCUCCAGCCAAACUAGAGUACAUCUUCAUCUUUCUACGUACACUUUCUUCUGCCUUCUGUACCUUUUUUUUUUUUUUUUGGCUUAUGGUUACUCUACCUGUGUUUUAAGGCUGAACUUAGACAUCACUUUUUCCAUUAAGUUUUUCCUAGAUGCUCCUGACCAAAUUAGAGAUAUUUCUUUUAAUCCAUCUAAAGGGCUGUGUUGGGCUUCCCUGGUGGCGCAGUGGUUGAGAGUCCGCCUGCCGAUGCAGGGGACACGGGUUCGAGCCCUGGUCUGGGAAGAUCCCACAUGCCGCGGAGCGGUUAGGCCCGUGAGCCAUGGCCGCUGAGUCUGCGCGUCCGGAGCCUGUGCUCCGCAAUGGGAGAGGCCGCAACAGUGAGAGGCCCACGUACCGCAAAAAAAAAAAAAAAAAAGGGCUGUGUUAAUAUCAACCUACGCCAUUUUCAUAGGCUUCCUUAUUUGUGCUUAAUUGUGCAUUAAUUAUCAGAUGUAGUUUUUUAAAGAAUAUCCAAGAAGACAGGUUUCCUGGACUAUGAUCUCUUCCCUUGGUAAUUACAUAUUGCUGUGAAAGUGCAGGGACUAAAACAUUUUAGUCUGAAAUAUCAGAAAUGUAAUUUGAUCAAUGAAAUAAUUCAGUAUUGCCAAUGGGUUGACAAAUGGUGGGCAUCACUAUUUCCUAGAGGCAAUAAUGUCCCAAUUUGUAACAAAAGAAUGAGGCUGCCAUUAGCCCUGGAAUGGUGACAUACAGGGAUGCUCCAUUUGGGUGGCUAAUGAACAUGUGCCUUCCUCAACCUUUUUUUCUUCAUAUUAGUGUUUUGCUACACUGAAGAAACUAAGGCACUUUAGCAGAUUUAUUAUUAUAUCCUCCACCUAGAUUAGAAGCCCUGUGAGGGAAGGUACUGUAUCCUAUCAAAUUUUACAGCCUGUAAUAUCAGCAAAUAUAUAGUAGGAACUGAAUGAAGGCUCCAUGAUUUACCAUUUAUUCUUAACAAUUGCUCUUAAAACCAGAUGUGUAUUUUUCUUCCUACAUGAUACAACUCAGUAAAGUUUCCCACGGGAGAAAACAAGAUUUUUGCCCUACUUAUUAUUAACCACUUACUAUUCUAAUUUACAAGGAAUUUUAUUCCUCCUGGCAUCCUUCCAGGUCACAUCCAUGAAGCCAAAGAUUUUCUCAAUCCCCAGCCUACAGCAUUGCCUAAUGUGAGUAAAUAUUGUUGAAUGAAUGCCAAAUUAGUUGGUUUUUCUACACUUAGCAGUCAAUAAAAGAA